AUGCUUCAUGGUCCUUGUGGAGAUUGGUGUAUGGCUAAUGGAAAAUGUUCAAAAAAGUUUCCGAAACCAUUUCGAAAUGAAACGACAAUGGAUGAUAAUGGAUAUCCCUUUUACCGUCGUAAAGACGAAGGGAGAACAUUUACGCGAAAUGGUGAGAUUUUUUAUAAUCGUCAUGUUGUGCCAUACAACGCAACUCUAUUAGAAACAUUCAACUGUCAUAUCAAUGUAGAGAUUGUAUCAUCAGUAAGGGUGGUUAAAUACUUAUAUAAAUACGUUUAUAAAGGUCAUGAUAAAGCAGGUGUCGUAAUAAACGGAGGUGUAUCAACUUCUUCCACAUCAUCGGAAAACAACGGUGAUCAAGUAUCUCUUAAUCAUACUGAUACGAUUAACCAUGAUGAAGUUACUAAUUUUGUUGAUGCCCGUUAUGUCGGUGCUGUUGAAGCUGCUUGGCGAAUUUUAUCCAAGUCUUUGCAAGACAAAAGUCAUUCGAUUAUCCGUUUACCUGUACACUUACCGAACGAACAGAAUAUUACAAUCAAUGAUGAUUGCAAUGAUAACGAACUUAGAGACGCUUUGCAAAAACAAACAAUGUUGAUCGAUUAUUUCUCUUUGAAUAAACGAGAUCUAUCAGCUCGACAGUACCUAUAUAGUGAUACUCCAUUUCAUUAUGUAUUUAAGAAACAAAAUGGAACUACUAUGUCAUCAUGGCAGCCACGUAAGAAACAUUUCAAUGUUAUUGGUCGGAUGUAUUCAGUCAGCCCCACACAAAUAGAAUUAUUUCAUCUCCGACUAUUGUUGGUUAAUGUUAAAGGUGCGACAAGUUUUGAAGAUCUUAGAACUGUGAAUGGAAUAAUGUAUGAUACUUUUGUAGCUACAUGUUUAGCAGCAGGUCUUAUUGAAGAUGACCAAGAAUGGAAACGAACUAUGAGUGAAGUUGUAGUUUGGAUAAUGCCACGACAACUCCGAUGUUAA